AUGUGCUCUUCCUAUGAGGAGGAGUUGGUGCCCUCUCCUGAACCAACCUUCUCCAUGCCUUACACUUACCUCAGAUUUGGAACUACCAUCCCUCUUCACCUACCCCCUGUCCAAAAAAUGUCUGACCAUUAUACAGGAGGCCAGGACAACUGGGGAAAGAUGUCAACUUCAGAUCUUUGUCUCGGGUUUUCCUUAUCUGUUGACACUGCUGGUUCAGUGGCUUCCAAAGGGUUCAUACAGGUUGAUUACCAGCUUUGCACAGAUGGGGCUGCUGGCCCCCAUACUAGUGGUAACCAUACACAGGACCAUACUAGUGGUGACCAUACACAGGACCAUACUAGUGGUGACCAUACACAGCCCCAUACUAGUGGUAACCAUACACAGCCCCAUACUAGUGGUAACCAUACACAGGACCAUACUAGUGGUGACCAUACACAGGACCAUACUAGUGGUGACCAUACACAGCCCCAUACUAGUGGUAACCAUACACAGGACCAUACUAGUGGUGACCAUACACAGGACCAUACUAGUGGUAACCAUACACAGGACCAUACUAGUGGUGACCAUACACAGGACUAUACUAGUGGUGACCAUACACAGCCCCAUACUAGUGGUAACCAUACACAGGACCAUACUAGUGGUGACCAUACACAGGACCAUACUAGUGGUUACCAUACACAGCCCCAUACUAGUGGUUACCUUACACAGCCCCAUACUAGUGGUAACCAUACACAGGACCAUACUAGUGGUAACCAUACACAGGACCAUACUAGUGGUGACCAUACACAGCCCCAUACUAGUGGUAACCAUACACAGGACCAUACUAGUGGUGACCAUACACAGGACCAUACUAGUGGUUACCAUACACAGCCCCAUACUAGUGGUUACCAUACACAGCCCCAUACUAGUGGUAACCAUACACAGGACCAUACUAGUGGUAACCAUACACAGGACCAUACUAGUGGUGACCAUACACAGGACCAUACUAGUGGUAACCAUACACAGUCCCAUACUAGUGGUUACCAUACACAGGACCAUACUAGUGGUGACCAUACACAGCCCCAUACUAGUGGUUACCAUACACAGCCCCAUACUAGUGGUUACCAUACACAGCCCCAUACUAGUGGUUACCAUACACAGGACCAUACUAGUGGUGACAAUACCAACCCUUCGUGUGUGAUAACCUAUCCCUAUACUACACCACACAUUUCGGCUUACUAUGAACAGUUAACAUCAGGAGAAGGCUGUUCCACUAACUCGACAACUGAGUCCAACCAGGAGGUUCAUGUCAUUAACCUGCUCAACGCUGGACCUAUGUACCGCAAUGAUGUGGCAGAGGUCAACCUUCUUAUCAAGUCACGUAAUCAUGAAGUUAUGUGGAAGCCUGUGAUAUUUGUGUUGAAUUCUCAUCAGUCUGUGAAAUGGAAAGUGAAAAUUGAGAUGUUAGCUCCACCACGUCAACGCCAGGUAUUUGUGGUGCCUGUCGAUUCCUCAGUGCGACUUGUCUUCAAGAGUCAUAUGCGCCGGUCAAUUCGGAAAGUUAUCAACAUGCCACAGACAAGAAAGGAAUUGCUUGACUGGGUUAAGGCAGAACAUCAUGCGAUCACAUCCUUCACAGAGCUUCGUAAAGGCAACAGGAUUGAACUUACUGUUGGUCCAGGGCCGAACUCUUCCCCUGUCUGCGAGAUCAGAGAUGACCAGCCUUUGAAUGCUGUAGCUCGUAUUGAACAGCUCCAAUUGCUAUCAGGAUGCAGUUCCAGAGGACAUAUUGACUCUCAAUCAAGCCUUACCUAUGUUAUUGAGCUGGAGAAGGCCUAUGAAGGUAAUCCGAGAGGGAAGCCCAUUGAGGUAGAACUGGAUAUCAAGAGCCCCUCACGAAAGACUGCUAAAUAUAACUUGCUCCUUGUCCUGAAAUCUCCAAGGUCCGUGAUCUGGAAAAUCCAAACCAAACGCAUCCAGGGAAAUUUAGAUAUUGUGUCUAAUGCAGAAGUGAGCAUGUUAGGGAUCAAGGUGGACAAUGCUGGGACACGCCUAGAGACCAUAACUUACAAGCGAGAGGGACUCAUCCAGUGGGUCAACUACCAUAAUGGGCCAGUCUCGCUGUAUGCUGGCAUCAGUCUCGCUAAUAAGGUCACCAUCGUAUUACCACAGACAGAUGAAUCUGAAUCUGAGAAAGAACCCGAAAAUCCCUCUAAGAUCAUAACACCUCCAUUUGACAAUAUACCCCACACCAAGAGAGUCUUUAACAGAGCAAUCCAUGCUGAGUGUCAUCCAGAGAGACAUAUGAUUGUUGCCUUCAGCAAACUCAUUCAGCAGAACUUUGGGCUUGAAAUCGAUCAGUUGACUUUGAGGGACCCAGCAUGCAAAGCAGGAACAAAUGAAACCCAUGUCAUCCUGGGUCUGUCUCCUUCAAACUGUGGUACCCAAGCUACAGUCACCGACGGCAACACGUUCUAUAACAAUGUGUUGCUGGUCCACCGUUCCUCCGCGGAUGGAUUGGAGGAAGUCGGAAGUGGCUAUGAUGCCCUGUCAGAUAACGAGAUUUCCGGUUCCGGAUCGCACGAUCCCAAAAGUGAAACCUACUUUGAUGAUGAAGAUUUCCAAAGAGAUGCAAUUCGAAUAGAAGUUAUGUGUCAGUUCAUUGAACAUGAGGGGAUAUCUGACUCGCAACUGACGACACAAACUGAUACUUCUUGGACACAGUCUAACCGCAGUUUUAGCAUCAAGCUGUAUCGCUCUAGUGUGAUGAAGGAGCCCGUGUAUCGCUUCCCUAUGACAGUUUCUCCCUACAGUUAUAUAUAUGUGGAAGUCGAUAUGCAACCUGUGGAGCACCUCCAGGUCAUGAUACAUAGCUGCUGGCUCUCCAACCACAUGGAUAAGCAAACUGACCAGACAGUGACCCUCAUAGAAAAUGGAUGUAGAAAGCCAUCUGUGCGUUGGAUCACUAACCAGUCAUUCCUCGGAGCCAGCUGGGGAUCCAAUGUUUAUGCUCAGCGAUUCAGUUUCAACACGGGUGACCAUUUCCAUGCAAUGUUCCUUCAGUGUCGACUGGGAGUUUGUAGUAGAAACACUGAGCUUGCUCAGGGAAUUCCUUGCGGAGAUGAGAUGUGUGGAAAAAUCGACAACAACAUGUCAGGAAAGCUGAUCGUCCGUGGUCCACUGGAAAUCUCUGGACAGAAAGAGCCUCCCGAACCCAGUCGAAAAACGAUAAUUAAACCACCAAUAAACCAAGGUGUUAUUCCUAAAGCCGAACAAAGCAAACCCCGUGAUUCCAACAUCCGCCAUAAUUCCAACCAUGCUGACACCAUUGUGAUUGAGGGUCUGGAUUCUGGAACGGUUGUUGGCAUUGCAUUUGCUGCAUUUAUUAUUGGAGUACUAUUGAUGGCAGCAUUGUGGUUCAUCCACACACAUACAGGUCCUAUUAAGCAUGCAGUGGCUUCCCGUGGUGGGGUGCUGUCUGGGAGUGGGGAGUCGACACCAAUGUCUACUGCCCCCAUUACCAUCAAUUCAUAG